CCUAAAUUAUCAAAGCGAGAUAAUCUGAUUAUGAAUGACUAUGUUAUAAAAACUAUAUAUAAUACAUACAAAAGAAAAACCAAUCAUGUAAUUUUGUGAUCACAUCACAAAUGUCACAAAAAUGAAGUGAUUUAGGUAUUUAAGUGUUAUAAUUUGUGAAAUUAGUUGCUGUCAUAUUGGUCAACGAUUUCAACAGGGAGGUUCUCAUAUGCAUCAUGGUAUUAUGCCCUUGUUUACUAAGUCGAUCAAGUCAUUUUUGGUCUCCUUUUCCAAGCGCAGGUUUUUUUCGUAUAAAGUUUUUAGAUUGGGGUUUCUCCUGUUUUUUCUUUGGAGGUCAAGUUGAGGUGUUAUAGCAGAUGUGUGAUCAUACUUGAAGUCAACUAUGUACAGCUGGCCUCUUGAUAAAGUGAUCUCAUCGACCUUGAGCCAAUUCACCCUCUCCCCAGUCUCUGCAAUGGUGAAGUUGUUCAUCUUGCCAGAUCUUGGAAGUCAUAAAUGUCUGCUUGGUCAUUCCCACAACUUUGUAUGGUGGUGAAGUUUUCUUUACUGCUUGUCCUUAGUAAUGCUCUUGGGAAUAGAUUUCAAUAUCCUUUUUUUCUCUUUUAAUAUUUCAGUAUUUCUUUCAAUAUUCUUGAAUUAUGACAAUGAUUCCACUAAAUGCUAUGCUAAUCACAAACUAUAGUGCACAGGACUAUAUUCAUUGUGGUGGUGCACAACACUACCAAUUAAUUUCUUAUUCAUCAAACCAAUUCUCUUCUGAAAGAAAUAAAUUAAAUUCAGAUAGAAGGAAGAUGGAAGCCAGUAUACACAUGGUCCACUUGAAAUGUCUCUCUGAUGAGACUUACACAACAAGAUGGGAUGACGAUGCGCACAUGACGACCAAGGUGGCCAUGUAUCCACUGCUGAUAUUGUCUUACGCAAUAUCUUACGCUUAUUUCAUGACCAUUGUAUUUUUCAAUGAACUUAUAUUAUAUAAGGCAUUUACAUGCAAAAAAGUUAGAAUCUGGCAGUUAUUGUAGUCAGUCUAUUAAUAAC